CGGACCUUAGCAGCAUCGCGUGCACCGCUAUACGCUCGGAUAUACGACGAACUGUUUUCCGAUCGGUGAUCUGUGAAUUGUGCUCUGUUUGCUGUUAAUUUUAGACUCGCCAAGCGGAAGCUUGCCAGAGUUUUCCAAAAUAUCCCGCGGCCGCGUGUGUUUUUUCCCCUCUGAUUGAAAAACAUUCGUCCAUAAUUCGCGAAUUUCGAACCAAGAAAAUUCGCAAAAAAUGUCGUGCCGCGCAAAUGUCGAUUAACCUCUGCUCGGUUUGGCUUGGUUAAUUAAUUAAUGACGGAAUCUCUCGGUGUCGCCGUUGUCGUCAGCACGCGCGCCUCCGGUCCCAAAUGCAAUUAAAUCAUUAAUAAAGGCAGACAAAUAUCAAACUAUAUGUACGUCAUACACCCCACCACACACACAUACCACACAGGGACAUUAAACAUAUGUAAAGUGCAUUGCACGUGUGUCUGUGAGCCGCAACUACUUCGAAAUUUAUUUUCGAAUAAAUAGUACAAAGUUGAAGAAGCAGCAGUCGCAGACGCAGCUCCCGGUCUCAUCCCAUCCCACCGCAACCCCACAUUUCGCCAUACGCAGUCUACGGAGAAAAAGUUGAAAACGCUGAAAAUGUGAGAAGUGAAUGAAACGCAUGUGAAUCUCGCAGUGCCAAAAAGCGCAACAAAAGCCGGGCAAAUUAAAUAAAAACUCAAUUAAGAAUUCAAUAAAUUAUUGAAAUAAAAAUGUGAGCAGUGAAAAUGUGAAUAUCCAACCAGAGAGCGAGAGAAAAAACAGAAAAACACAAAUUAUCCGAGAUACUUAAGCAAAAUGCAAGCCAAUUCGAGCACCACCACAACAACGACGACCACCAAGACCAAGAAGCUGAGCAGCGGGACGGGGAGCAACAUGAUCAGCUCGGUGGCAGUGACGAGUGCCAUCAAAACCACCACCACGACACGGAAGCCAGCGGGCUCCGGAGCCAGUCCCAAGUCCCCAAAGUCCCAGGGAUCGAGUACGUCGUCUACGGCCACCAGCGAUUCCCAUGCCGAGAUUGCCGAGCUGACCAAGAAGAUCAACGAGCACGCCGAUGCCAUCUAUGAGACGUGGAAGAGCCAGGGCAUCCCGCCACCCGAGCUCCUGCAGAUGUACACAAAUGCCGCCGCCUCCGGUGACCUUUCGAACGUGGCCUCGCCCACCGCCGACACCGAGGGCCUCCAGAAGAUGGUCACCAGCUUCGUCAACAAGGACAAGGAGCAACGCGGCAAGACCAACAGCCUGAAGAAAUCCGAUAUCACCUCCAAUGGCAAGGUGAAAAAGGCGGUGGGCUCCAGCUUCAGUCCUGUACCGGAUCAGGUCCUGCAGUCGCCCAAAAAGGUGGCCGCCGUCAGUAAACCCUUGCCCGACGUCAACCUCAACUAUGACAUCAGCCUGGACCUGGACGUGAACAAUCUGUCCACGCAGCAAACCCAGAAUCUGCUCAAGAUCAGCGAGCUCAUCCAGCAGCAGAAGGAGGCCCAGAGCCCAGCCGCAGUGGGCAAAAAGCGGCAGAACAGCAAGACCAUGGCCAACAGCACAGGCAACAACAACAGCAUAAGCAGUGCAAACUCGGCCAGCGCAAGCAAGUUAACAGCCUCAGAGCAACCCACCAAAAAGCAGAGCAAGGCCAGCAGCAGGAACGGAUCUCUGGCUGUUAGCCUAGAUGCUGUGGACGGGCCAUCAUCCGCGAGAAUGGCCAACAGCAACAGCAUGGCGGCAGUGAGUGAUAAGGGCGGCGAGCCAGCGGCCACAAAUCGCAAGUCAAGCAAAACCAAAGAAAACAGCGCCGAUACGAAGCCGGCAACCAAAGAAAAACCAACAACGGGAGUGGCAACUGUGGCCACAACACGCAAAUCAACAAGUCGCAUCGCCACUGAUAACGCCAGCAACAUAGCUGCAGCAGCAGCAGCAGCAGCAGCAACAUCGGCAGCAACAGCAACACCAGCAGCAACAGCAACAGCAACAGCAACAUCGAUGGAUGCAACGCCAGCAACAUCGGCCAGCACAACGAUGCCAACGUUGAAUAAAGUCAAACCGACCAGCGGGGCGCGGGCGGCCCUCACCAAUGGCCAGGAUAAAAUGAAUCUCCUCACACGCGGCUCCGUGGCCGAGCGCGUCCUCAUGUUCGAGAAGUGUCCGGAUGUGCGGCACGCCUUCCUGAACAUCAAGCGCCCGCAGGCGGACACUCCGCCCAAGAGCCUCAUAAAGGUCAAGCUGCACGCCACCCCGCCCCCUCCGCCGGAGCAGAAUCUGCUGCAGAAGGAGAUCCGCUCCACGAAGAGCGUCUACAUACCCAGAUUCUACUUUCCACAUGGCAAGCCGCAGCCCAACAUCGCCAUGGAACGGGUGGUGCGGGGCAUUCUCUCCGCCUUCGACAGCUUUCCCAACAACCAGGUGACCAAGGACGAGCUGCCGCGCAUCCUGAAGAUCUGCGGCCUGCCCUUCUACUGGCGCAUGCCGGUCAUGGUCUUCUGCCAGUCGGCCAGCUCGGGUCUCGUCGAGCGCCAGCGGUUCGUCGAGUUCUGGAAACAAAUGAAUGUUUAUUGCCAUGAGGCGGCCUCGAGAUUCGUUUACAUUCUGUCGCGAGGCCAGAGAUUCCGUUCGUACAUCGUGCCCGAGGACCUGGUGCCAAUGGUGCAGGAUGUGGUGGACACACACCCCGGCCUGGCCUUUCUCAAGGAAGCCACCGAGUUCCAUUCCAGAUACGUGCACACAGUCAUCGCGCGCAUUUUUUAUUCGGUGAACCGCAGUUGGAGCGGCAAGAUCACCAUUGCCGAACUAAAGCGGUCCGACCUGCUGGAGAUGAUCAGUCUGCUGGAGGAGGAGGAGGACAUAAACCAGAUAAUGGCCUUUUUCAGCUACGAGCACUUCUACGUGAUCUACUGCAAGUUCUGGGAGCUGGACAAGGAUCACGACCUGCUGGUCAACCAGGAGGAUCUGGCCAAGCACAGUGACCAUGCCCUGUCGUCGCGCAUCGUGGAGCGCAUCUUCUCGGGCUGUGUGACGCGCAGCGACAACAAAAAGGCCCCGGAGGACGAGGCCAAGAUGUCCUACACGGACUUUGUGUGGUUCAUCCUGUCAGAGGAGGACAAACGGACGCCGACGGCCAUUGAGUACUGGUUUCGAUGUAUGGACGUCGACGGAGAUGGUGUGCUGUCCAUGUACGAACUGGAAUACUUCUACGAGGAGCAACAACAACGCAUGGAGGGUAUCGGCAUCGAGUGCCUACCCUUCGAAGACUGCCUAUGUCAGAUGCUGGAUAUGAUUAAGCCGGCGAAUCGCGACUGCAUAACCUUGGGCGAUCUGAAGCGCUGCAAAAUGACGCACGUCUUUUUCGAUACCUUCUUCAAUUUGGAGAAAUAUCUGGAUCACGAACAACGAGAUCCCUUUGCCUCGCAGCGUGACGAAUAUACCUCCGAUUGGGAUCGAUUUGCGGCACAGGAAUACGAGCUGCUCAUUUCCGAGGAGAACGAUUAAGGGUCGCCAAGAUAUAUUUAUUAACUAACAAAUUUUUAUACAAAUUUAUACACUACGAAAUGAAAAUGAAACAGAAAAAGAAACAAAAAGAAGGUACUACUAUUAGUCCACAUGUGCAAUAAAUUCAAAUUAUUUAUUAUGAGUUCUGCAGAUUUAGUUAAAUUUUAAUGACGAA